AUGGACAUACAUCAUUUCUCUAUUUCAGAUAUUCUGAAUCAUUCAUCGCGUAUUAACCAGCAGUCAUAUUUCAUAAAUGAAAUGAAAGUGACUACGGGAUCCAUUUUGUGUACAGAUCAUGAAAUUGCUAUUAAAACUCAGCCUUAUUCAUCAAAAAAGAAAGAAUAUGGCGAACCUCCUGACGUCUUCUGUCUUGAUUCAUCUUCUAUAGAAUUUUUGUAUUCGAUAUUUGACAAUCGAUUUUCUGCCAAAAACAAUACCAAAACAAAUACAAGUGAGUCAUGUAAGGUAAAUCGCCAAAAUCAGAAACUGGUUCCAUGUCUGCCUUGGCAACAGUUUCUACAUCGUGUUCGUGGUAGAGUCAAAUACCACAUAGGAAGACUGACGAAUCUUAAGAAAAUUGGGUCUGACAAGUUGGAUGACUGUGAGCAAGAAGUGAUCUUAAAACAAAAUCAGGCAAAAGAAAUUUUCAACAAGAUACACAACAAACAUGUGCAAAUGCUGAAAGAACUGCCAAAUGCUGGAGUAGCCGAGUUAGUAAUUUACUAG